AUGGGCAACGCAGCGUCGGGGCAGAUCGAGCACACCGCGGGCCACCCCCCUCGCGUGCCGUCGUCCUCGCCGCCGCCGAGCAGGGUGCCCGUCCACCGCUCGCUCAGGACAAAAAAGAAAUCACUGGAGCUGCCCGACCUGGCCAGCCUGACGCUGACGGCCCAAGACCCCCGCUCAAAGGCGAGCUCGCCCAUCCCCAUCCCGGCCGGCGCCCAGCCCAUAGGCGCCGGCGGGCACACCCGCACCGUCGCCCUCCCCAGCACAUCCGAGCUUUACCGCGCACCACGCGCAAGUCGCCACGCUCCCACCCCGCCCCCGCC